AUGAAUCGGACACGGAAUGUUAAUGACAGUACCCGCAAGCUUCGAUAUUGUUCUUCUUCUUUGUUCUUCAGCAGAGCCGACGGUGCACAAGUUGACUUAGGAGUCGGGAGUGUGCAAAUUGUGGAAAAUUACGACCAUUUCUUGGUCAUAUCGGGGCCCAAGAUCGAUCCAUUGAACCUCAGCAACUUGGUCUGGGACCCAGGGUUAGUUGCCUUCAUCAAAGCAAAAAGUUGGAUCACGAAUGUGAUAUGA